AUGGAAGCUUCUUCUCCUUGUCCUAGAAGAAGUGCUACCUCUUCUCAGGUUCCUUCUUUGCCUAAACACGCUGACAUCUCCAAAGACCAAUUGAGCUUUCUGAACCAACAAUUCCGAACCCAAGAAGAUGUUCUUAAUAAAGCUCCUCAUCUUUUAACAGCCCUCAACUCUCACUGCUCUGAUUUGACUUCUCAUCUGCUAGAUUUCCAAACAACUCUCAACGGACGCACCGUUUCAUGGAUUUGCCGCUCUUUUUCAGCCAAAACCGCCCUCCACAAUCUCAACCUCAGCCUUCAGAAUCUGAGCCUGCUCACUUCCCAACGUGGGAGUGCUUCGAAGAAGUUGCAUAGAGUUUUAGGUACGGAACUGCCUCGACUUGCUAAGGAAGUGCUGCGAAUUGAGACCAUCCGCAGUUAUCUUGAGACUACUCUGCAGUUAGAAGCUCUGGUUGGAGAUUUAGAAGAUGCAGUUCUCUGUUUUGUGAAUAGCCACAGUGGAAAAAUGUUCUCUGCAAAUCCAUCAGACUCUGGAACAAAGCAGGAAAAGUUUCUUCAAGCCAUAAAAGCGUUGAAUGAUUUAGAAGUAUUGAUUGAUCUUCUGAAACUUCGACCACAAUGGCAUCGUCUUCUGAAAUCUGUGGAUACUAGGGUGGAUAAAAGUUUGGUUAUUCUUCGCCGACAAGUUUUUGCAGAUCAUAGAGCUCUUCUCACUUCUCUUGGAUGGCCACCAAAACUUUCCACAUCGCAAAUUGAAAGAGAAAAAUUCUCAGGCCUUCCAAACCCAUUAGUUUUAAUGCAGGGAGAUAAAAGAAAGAGUUAUUCAAAUAGCUUUCUUGCUCUUUGUGCUGUACAGCAUCUACAAACAAGGAGGGAAAAACGACAGCUCAAUCUCUUAGGACAAAAUGUGUGCAAGGAACAGCUUUGGGCCAUUGAUGAGCUGGUGUCUCCUAUUGCAUCACGGUUGGAAUACCAUUUUUCAAAGUGGGUUGAUCAACCUGAACUUAUAUUCGCUCUUGCAUACAAAACUACAAGGGAUUUUAUUGUAGGAGUGGAUGAUGUCUUGCAGCCCCUGAUUGACAGAGCAAGAUUGGGAAGCUAUAGUGCUAAAGAAGCUUGGGUUUAUGCCAUGGUGCAACUGCUUUCUGAAUUUUUGGAGAAAAGAAUAUUCUCUGCUCUUGCUGAAAGAUACAAGGAGAAAGAAAUAAAAUCUGAAGUUAUAGAGUCAUGGCUUCAUCUCAUUGACCUCACUGUUGUAUUUGAUAAACAAUUACGGUCACUUGGAAGUUCGGAAAUCAAUCUAUUUCUGGGAGAGUCAGAAAGGGUGGGAAGUCCCUCAGGAAGCAUUUCAGUGUUGAUGCUGUUUUGUAGAAGGCCAGAUUGGCUCAAGAUUUGGGCAAAGAUAGAGCUUGAAAAUGGUUGUAAGAAACUCAAAACAGAUUUGAAACAUGAAAGGGCGUGGUUAGUUGAUGAUAAAUAUCAAGAUGAGUUGCAUUUUGAUACAAAAUCAGAGCACUUUCUUCUUUCGACUAGAAUAGAUUAUAGAGCUCCAUUAAUUGCAGAAUCUGCGCUUGGAAUCACAUGGGAAAUGGUUGAAAGAUGCCAAACUAUGCCUGCCACUUCAGCACGUAUACAAUUUGUUAGGUCAGCUGCUGUCAGAUUCCUCUGGUACUUUUUUAAAGUGCUGCUUUUACAGUGCAAGAGAACUGAAAUUCUUCCAGACAAUCCUGAUGAUGAUGCCUUAGUUAGAGUCUCUGGAUCAAUUAAUGCUGCCAAAUAUGUCGAAUCCAAACUUCGCCAGUGGAGUGAUGACGUGAACUUCUUGGAGAUGAAAGUUGCUGAAAAUGAUACCAGUGGCCUGGGCAAAGAUGAGAGUACUGAUUUCAGUUUUUUUGGAGAAGAAAUAAAAAUAUUGGCCGAGCUUGCAACCAACUGGUUGAUGGAGAUAAUUUCUGUUCUUCUUCGUCAGUUCGAAACUCUUUCAAGGGCAUUUGUGCAAAAGUUGAAACAUGACGAGCAGCGGCUAGAAGGUUCAACUCAUGUGGAAGUAUCAGCGGCCAUGGAUUUAAGUAUAUCAGUUGAGUUUAUCGAACCGUUGGAUGUUUUGAGAAGUCAUCUUGUUCUUUUGAGAAUGAGUCUCAAUCCCAAAGACUUCUUAGAUCUAUGGAGAUGUGUUGCUGAAGGGCUUGACCAUUUCAUAUCACGUAGUGGUAUUCAAUCUCUUGACAAUGUGAGCAGUCAGUUUGAAACUGAUAUGCAAGCUUUGUUUUCUGUUUUCCAGCCUUUCUGUGUUCGGCCGGACGCAUUUUUCCCUUGUACUAGAGAGACUUUAAAGCUAUUGAAAAUGAACAAGGGAAGAAGGUGA